AAAUACUGUAACAUGAAGCAAGAGAGCCCUGCAUUAGGUCGUAAGAGGUGGGCUUACGCUCGGGCAGAAUUCCUGAUGUCCUAGUUAGGGUGGCUAUGAAGAUCAUUAACUAUCACGUGUGGCCUCAUCGUUGUUCGACACUUCCCACACCCAACCAUGACUGCAAAACGAGUAGACAAAGGCACAGAAUACGGUUAUCGGCGCUGUACAGAGUCUGGUUUGCAGCGGAGAAUGGCAGCAAGCGAUUCUCUCGAGGUGGACGACCUGGUGGAGGACGCAGAGGACUAUGACUGGUACUUCAUUCGCAAUGGCAGAAUUCUUUCAACCUGGUGUAAUGCUACAUAUUAUCGUGUUCUGCAGUCCUAUUUGCGUUGAUACUAUGAAAAAUGCAUUUGUGACAAAGUGCGGGCACAGUUUUUGUUACGAAUGUAUUGGCCUGCAUCUUAGCGACGGAAAGGAGUGCCCUAUAUGCGUGUGUCCGUUGACUAUCGAUGACAUAUCUCCUAAUUACACAUUGAAUGAGCUUAUUAAGAAAAGUUCGUCACGGCUUUGCAAAGGUCAAGACAUUCCCGAAGAUUGGAGUAUGGAUGACAUAAAUAUGAUGCUGGUGAAGCUACAAAAGAAGAAAGCACAAAUGGCAACCAUGGAGAAAGAGAACAGCCUCAGACUUCUGCAGAAUUUUCUAGCACGGGCAAAGGCUGAUAAAGAGCGGCUCUUGGAGGAAGUGAAUCGGCAACUCACUUGCGUGACGGCUGAUCUUGCGGCAGUGGAGACGGGACUGAAGGCUCUCCAUGUCGAUAUUGGAGGGUCGGUGGCGCAAGUGCCUGAUGCUCUUGCGCGGGGAGAAAACCAUACAAUACCAGUCGAGGAGGAGCUUCAUCGGGGAAAAAAGAGGUCUGCUGAGGAAAUGGAAGGGUCACCAGAAACCUCUGGCAGCAUAUUGGCUUUAUCGAGUAGCCAUCAACACAAAAAGUUACUCUCUUCAUCCAAACUGAUUCAAAAACAGAACACCCGGAUCGAGAAACACAUUGGCGACUUGCAGGAACGAUAUUGGGAGACACGACUUGGCGACUGCGAUACGCUGGACAAGUUCGCUUCCAACUUAACCCGUUUUUCACGCUUCUCUAGCCUUCGACCGAUUGCGACGUUGAACUACGCAGAUGCUCUAUUUAGCAAUGGAUCUGCAAUUGUGUCUUCGCUAGAAUUUGACAAAGAUGACAUGUUCUUUGCGACAGCCGGUGUGAUGAAGAAGAUCAAAAUCUUCGAAUACGGUAGUGUGUUACUCGACUACGGUCAUAGACCACAGCGCUCCAGUAGCCACAUAAAUGAAUCGAGCAAGGAGAAAAAGCGCAAGACCGAAGAAACUAUGGGCAACUCCUGUGAACUGAAUGUUUCUGAGGACGAAGGAGAUGUCCCGCUGAUUCAAGAUGAUGUCCCUCGAUUUCCAGUGCUGACAAUGUCCUCUCGAUCGAAGAUUAGCUGCCUCACCUGGAAUCCCUACAUAAGAAAUCAUCUCGUUUCAUCCGACUAUGAAGGAAUAGUGACGCUCUGGGAUGCAGGCAUCGGGAGAGCAAUGUGCCAUUUUGAAGAACAUGAGAAACGAGCGUGGUCUGUUGACUGGUGUCAAACAGAUCCACUACGGCUUGCUAGUGGCGGGGAUGACACAAAAGUCAAAAUAUGGUCGACAAAUCAAAAGAACUCAGUCGCCACUAUACAUAGCGCCGCUAAUGUGUGCUCUGUGAAAUUCAAUCCUGAAAAUAAUAAUCACAUCGCAUUUGGUUCAGCAGACCAUAAAAUUCACUAUUAUGACAUACGCGACAUGCGUGCACCACUACAUGUCUUUGAAGGACAUCGUAAAGCUGUGUCGUAUGUCAAGUUCCAAACCAAUGAUACCAUAUUGUCUGCCUCCACCGACUGCACACUCCGUUUGUGGUCAAUAUCAGAUUCCAUAGUUAGUGGUCAGUCAACAUGUGUGCGAACAUUUUCUGGUCACUCCAAUGAGAAGAACUUUGUUGGACUGAGCGUGAACCGACAUGGAGAACUUUUCGCGUGCGGCAGUGAAACAAACGAUAUCUACUUGUACUGGUGGCAAGUCUCGAAUCCGGUGGUUGUUAAAUCCUUUGGCAAACGAAUUGAUACUAUAACAGGCCAGCCCACAUCCCAUAAAGACACGGGGCAGUUUGUGAGUUCAGUCUGCUGGAAACGCAACUCAUCGGGGACGUUGCUUGCCGCAAAUUCUCAGGGAAAGGUGUCCGUGAUGGAAUUAGUAUAAGGACCGCUUCUCUGCCCGUUACAUCUAUAUUUGAAGAGUACCGCCCUGCACACUUUAAUCACACAUCACACCUGUAUAUUUCCAUUUGCACGCAAGCCCUAUAUCAGAGAUAUUUACUGUUCGAAAGCUGG